UCAACUAAAAGGGCAAAAAUAAGAAAGCGCUUUCCGAAGUAGGAACACAGGGGAAGAAUGGCGAGCUCGACAGGAGGUAGAAACAGCAGAGGGAAUACAGCAAAAGCCUUGGUAUCUGAUCAGAUAUCUCAGGCCAUACUGUCCACUUCCAACCUCCUCCACCUCAUGCAGCAAUCAUCUCCUUCCCAGGCCCAACUGAUAAAGCUUCCAAAGAACCUUUUGGUCAAAACAUCUACAAUUAAGAAUACUGGACAGUUGUUGGGACAGAUGCCUCGAGUGAUUUCAUCCCUCGAUGCACAUAUGGAAAACGGGUUACAAAGUGUUCCUCAUCUGCAAACUGUAAUCCAGUUACUUGAAAACAUGGAAAGCUGCCAACUUAGUUCUCUAUCUCAAGCUCAUGUCCUUCAAGAGGAGCAUGAGGUGGAAAACGCAAAAGUGGGCUAACGUUCCCAACUGUGUACCAAUGUUGCUGUACAUUGGCUAACAUUGGAAAGAACAUUCAGAGUUCUUGUUCAGAAUGGUCAGAGUAAAUUAUAUGUGAUCUCAAUGUACAUAAACACACAAUAGGAUUGUGGCAGUAGAUUCAACGUGAAGUAAUUUUCUUCCUUUUUAUUAACAUAAAGUGGAAAGAAACCACUUUGCUUGAACAAAUGUGAUCUGCUAUUCUUGAAUCUUUUGAAUUUCAAUUUUAUUCCUGCA